GUGCCGGUGACGUUUGACGACGUGUCCGUCUACUUCAACAACAAGGAGUGGGAGAAGCUGGAGGAGUGGCAGAAGGAGCUCUACAAGAACGUGAUGAAGGGCAACUACGAGUCGCUGAUCUCCCUGGACUAUGCAAUUUCCAAGCCCGGUGUUCUGUCUCAGAUUGAGCAAGGAGAGGAAUCGCAGGCCAGGAACGAGCAGGACUUGGAGGAGAGUGAGAUCAUCACGGAUGCCACGGCAG